CCCCCCCCCCCAACUACACCCACAACCUCUCCGGCGUAUUUCUCCGACGUUUCCGAUUCAAUCCGAUUUGAUGCAAUGAAUUAAGAUGGUAGACGGUGGAAAAAAGAAUGCGAACAAUCCUGACCCGAAUAGGGGUAUUUUGAGUAAUGACAAUACACAGCCAGUGGACACUCAAAUUUCACCCGAGUCAUUCCCAGGGAAGGAUCCUGAGUUGUACCGUAACCAAAGUAUGGUUCCUGCUGAUGACCGUCUUUUAUUCAAUGAUGCCUUUGAGACCCAACUUGUAAAUCUUUGUGGUGAAAACCAGUUUUUGGAUUUCGGUGGUGAAACACAAGUGGUGGAUUUCGGUGGUGAAACACAAGUUGUGGAUUUUGGUGGUGAAACACAAGUGGUGGAUUUUUGUAGUGAAACUCAACGGGUGGAUUUAGGUGGUGAAACCCAAGUGGUGGAAGAUCAUGAUGGUCUACAAAAUGAACGCAUCCGGACAUCUGAAAAGUGCAACGUCGAAGUUGCCGUAGAUAGUGAAGGAAGUGAUAGAACUGAGGUCUUGUGCGAUACUGAAGAGUUAUCAGAUGAUGAUUCAAUGAAACACAGCCUCAGUUCUAUUGAUCAGGUGAAGUUUACUAAAAGCAACAAUUCCAACACGGGUUAUGAGAGUUCGAUUUCACAAUCAGAUGUUCUAAGCAAUGACAAGCAUCAAUCAGGAUCUCUGCAACGAGGGUUUACUUCAAUCCGUGCUGCAUCUGUCAGGGCUUCUGGUUUGGCUGCUUAUGACAUGAGCCAUAAAGGGACAAAAGGAAGUACAUGGUCUAUUAAAAAUGACAAUCUUCUGGAGCAGGAAAGUGCAGGCCAAAAUGGGACAUCUAUGGUUGGACCUCAAUCUGAAGUCAGGAAGGAGCUUAACCCGAAUGCUUGUGAGGAGUAUGACGAACAAAUGAAUGAUGUAGGUAAUGGAAACCGGUGCAAAGUUGGUAGUUCAGCUGUGAGGAAACUUUUCAGAGAUGAGAUACUUGUUGAAAUUAAAGGGUCAGAAGAUGGCAACAAUGAUGCUCAGAAGACAGUGGACUUGCCUCAAUUUGCCUAUGAAGAUGGAUUGGCAGGUUUAAGUUAUGUAGAUUCUCAAGAACCUGGAGAGGAGUCUCAGGCCAAUGCACUAGAUGUUGUUGACAAGUUUCUUAAGCUCAAUCCUUUGGAUUUUGAUCAACAUAUUGACUUUGGUAAGUCAUCCAUUGGAAAAUCGAAAUUUGUCUCUGCUGCAAAAGGGACAAAAAGUUUGGCUCGGAGAGCAGCUGGAAUUGCAGAUGCGGAGGGUGAGAUUUUUGAUUGGGAUGACAAUUGUGAAGAUGAAGGAGGUGGAGAGUUUUUCCAGAAGAAAAAGGAACUUCUUGUUGGCAGGAGUCCUGCUACUGAACCUCCGAAGCGUGGUUCACUUGAUCCCUUAAGACGGGGAGUUAAAGGUAGUGGAGAAAAGGAAAAGCACCCGUUGAGCAGCAAAAAGUUGAAGGGUUCCCCCCGUUCUGAUUCUAGGUUAUUGUCUAGUAGAAGUAGAGUGAAAAGUGAACUAUCAAAGUCCAGAUAUAGAAAAAACUUUGUUAAGAAGUUGGAUGAACAACUGAAUUCGGGCGCUGGUGAUGGAAUGAUUGACGAUGGUAAUGGAGACGAUGUUCCUGACAUGCUAAAUGUUGGUUUAGAUACUCAAAUAGCUGCUGAAGCUAUGCAAACAUUAUGCUUUGGAGCUCCUGCGCUGGAAAAUGAUUGUAGCAAUGAGAAGACAUUAACGGAUGGUUCUUGCGAAGAUCGAAUUGAUGAUGAGAGUCUGUCAAAGCGAAGGUCCUCCAAGAAAAAAGCACGAUCUUCAAGAAUGUCCAUAAGCACAAUGCAGAAGGAUGCCAGAUUAGUUGAAGAGAACUAUCGAGAAAGAGUGAAACAACAGAAAACUAUCGAGAAGCAAGGCAAUGAAGAACAAGGGGCCGGAUUAAAAAUGAUCAAGCCAAAUAUGACGAAACUCCAUGCUUCAAAGGGAAGAGAAAAAGAGUUAAGACAGGAAGAAAGACCACCAAAAGCAAGCGCAGGUUCCUUGUCUGUCAAGGAUUGUCACUCCACACCUGUGGCUCGUCGAACUAGGCAGCGGCAGGUAGAGAGUCAACCAAAAAGACGUCUGUCUGCCACUGCCGCUUUUGAUAGAAGCGGGACAGAUGCUGAUGCUUGUGAGACUUUGAUGGAUCAAGGUACACUUGCUACCAAUCAAACUGCCAACCUAAGAAAUAUGGAAUCAACGUGGGCCAGCCUUUCUGCUGUAGACUAUCCCAAGGGAAGAAGAAGUCACCGGAAGAUGCCUACCAUGGGGCAAGAGACCACUACUCAAUCUUGUAGAAGGUCAAAAAGAUUAAGAGGUGACCAGACAAGUACUUCAAUUAAUGUCAGCACAAAAAGGAGAAAGUGUACACCUGAAUGCACUCUCCCCAAUAUUGCAUCCUCAGAGAGGGGGUCUCGUAAGAAGCUCUUACAGGAAGGCAUAGAUAAAAGACAUCUGGAUGGUAACAGCACUAAUGAUGCUUUUGCUGAUGGAAGUGCAAAAACAAUUCUACAUAAGUCCAUAAAAGAUUCUAAUAGGAAAACUAAUGUAGAGAUAACAAGAUCUGUUGAUGAAGCACAAGGAACAGAAUCUUCAACAGGAGAGCAGUGUAAAGCGUCAGCUUCAGCAUGCACCACUCCCACCAAUUCAAAAAUCCAGAAGAAUGCUGUGUCACCUAUUUGUAUGGGUGAUGAGUAUCAUAAACAAUCGUGCAGGAAGAAUAUGUCAAGAUCAUCUCUUUUGAGAGAAAUCACUUCCUUACAUUCUACUGGAACACAAAUUGGCUCCACCUUAAAAGAUUCUAGGAAGAGGCGAGAAAUGACUAAUGUUCGAGUCUUGUUCAGUCAGCACCUGGAUGCAGAUAGUACUAAACAGCAAAAGAAGAUCUUAGCCCGGUUAGGAGCCUCAAGCGUAUCAUGUAUGUCCGAUGCCACUCAUUUUGUGGCUGAUGAAUUUGUUCGCACUAGAAACAUGCUAGAAGCUAUUGCUGUAGGGAAACCUGUGGUGACACAUCUAUGGCUUGAGAGUUGUGGACAAGCUAGCUGUCUUAUUGAUGAGAAAAACUAUAUCUUGAGAGAUGCAAGAAAGGAAAAAGAGUUCUGCUUCAGCAUGCCAGUUUCAUUAGCACGAGCAUGCCAACAUCCCCUUUUACUGGGAUAUAGAGUUUUUACCACUCCAAAUACAAAGCCUGGUAAAGAUAUAUUGGCAAGUUUGGUGAAGGCAGUUCAUGGUUUGGCAGUGGAGCGACUUGGUAGAUCGGUUAUGAAAGAGGAUGUUCCCGACGAUCUUCUAGUUUUAUCUUGUGAAGAAGACUAUGAAGUUUGCAUCCCUUUCCUUGAGAAAGGAUCAACAGUGUAUAGUUCGGAGCUCCUAUUGAAUGGGAUAGUUACUCAGAGACUGGAGUUUGACAGGUACCGCCUCUUCACAGAUUAUGUUAAGAGAACUCGUUCAACAGUAUGGGUGAAGAAAAAUAACAAUCAAUACCUCGCUGUUGCAAAAUGCAAAUAAGGCUUGAGGCUUAGUUGUCUUUUAAAAGAGUGGCGUAUGCAUUCCUUUAAGAGGCAUUUGUAUCAUAAGUGUAGGGUGUCUGUAAAUUUAAUUUGUUUUUAAUGUAUAGCGUUUCAGUCUUCUUUCAUGCAAUUUUGUGCUAUAUAAUUUGUCCUCCACGGUCUUUUUCCAGACAGCUUGUCCUGUUGUAUCUUGAACUGGCUCCAGAUUCCGACUAAGAAUGGACAUCCAAAAAAGAUAAUUCAAGUUAGGUGCCAGCAAUUUUUCAUCUA